ACUUAACCUUUGUUCUUAAUUGAGUCACCGGCUCACCUAACCCAGCGUUGAAACUCUCCGCCUAGGGCCUUCUUCAUUCCACAUUUCUUCAAUCGGAACAACAACAGGAAGCGGGUAAUGGCUAGGAAGAAGAUUCGAGAGUACGACUCUAAGAGGCUUCUCAAGGAGCAUCUCAAACGCCUCGUUAAUAUCGAUCUCCAGAUCUGCUCUGCUCAGGUGAAUCAGUCGACUGACUUCGCUGAGCUGACGAAUAAUGAACCGUGGCUGUCAUCCACCCGGUUGGUAGUGAAACCGGAUAUGUUAUUUGGGAAACGUGGAAAGAGUGGUUUGGUAGCUUUGAAUUUGGAUCUAGCUCAAGUUGCUGAGUUUGUGAAGACACGCCUUGGUGUGCAGGUCGAGAUGGGUGGUUGCAAGGCUCCAAUUACGACAUUCAUUGUCGAGCCAUUUGUUCCCCAUGAUCAAGAGUAUUACCUAUCUAUUGUCUCUGAAAGGCUUGGCUGCACAAUAAGUUUUUCGGAGUGUGGGGGUAUUGAAAUUGAAGAGAAUUGGGAUAAAGUCAAGACAAUUUUCUUACCAACUGAAAAACCUCUUACACCUGAGGCAUGUGCUCCGUUAAUAGCUACACUUCCUUUGGAGAUUCGAGGAAAGAUUGGUGACUUCAUAAUGGGUGUGUUUAGUGUAUUUCAAGAUCUGGACUUCACUUUCCUGGAGAUGAAUCCAUUUACCCUGGUCAAUGGGGAGCCGUAUCCACUGGAUAUGAGGGGGGAAUUGGAUGACACUGCUGCCUUCAAAAACUUUAAGAAAUGGGGAAACGUUGAAUUUCCUUUGCCCUUUGGUCGAGUGCUAAACCCUACAGAAAGCUUUGUGCACUCUUUAGAUGAGAAGACAAGUGCAUCCUUGAAAUUCACUGUUUUGAACCCAAAAGGGCGCAUUUGGACGAUGGUGGCAGGAGGGGGUGCUAGUGUUAUAUAUGCCGACACUGUUGGAGAUUUGGGUUAUGCAUCUGAGCUUGGUAAUUAUGCAGAGUACAGUGGAGCUCCAAAUGAGGAGGAGGUGUUGCAAUAUGCCCGAGUUGUUAUCGAUUGUGCUACUUCUGACCCUGAUGGACGGAAGCGAGCCCUUCUAAUUGGAGGAGGAAUAGCUAACUUCACAGAUGUUGCUGCUACUUUCAAUGGAAUUAUCCGAGCUCUAAGGGAGAAAGAAACCAAAUUGAAGGCUGCAAGAAUGCAUAUCUAUGUUCGAAGAGGCGGUCCCAAUUAUCAAACUGGUCUUGCAAAAAUGCGUGUUCUAGGAGAAGAGCUCGGAGUUCCCCUCGAGGUUUUCGGCCCGGAGGCCACAAUGACUGGUAUCUGCAAACAAGCAAUCGAGUGCAUUAUGUCUGCUGCAUAGUCCCACAACGCUUUUGUAGCUAUGACCGAGUCGAAAGAUGCAGUAAAUGUCCUUCAUAUCUCGGUAUCGUGUGCAGCGGGGAAGGUUAAGGGGAAGGGAAAGGGAAAGAGAGUUGUUUUUGUAGUCCUUGGGAACAUUGUGCUUUGCCAUAUGAAGAUGAUAGCAGAGUUGGGAUUGGAUGUGUACUCAUUUUGACUCAGUUUGCAUUUGUAAUUGGCUUCUUUUUUGUUCAUGUGUUGGUCAAUACAAUACAAUGGGGACGCAGCCUGAAAAUGUAUGGUUGUUUUUUUUUUGUUAGA